AUGCAACACGACGUGCCGAGUGAAGCUGCAAAAGGAGACCUAUACACAAAAAGGACUUUUGGCCCCGGAAGCAAUGACUUCUGGGCCGGCACAGGCGGGACAUCGUCAUCAAUGUCCGGGUGUGAGCGCGCGGCAUGGGUUCCUCUCAGCGCUGCGCUCGUGGUGAUGCCGUGGGCCACCUCCCCAACACGUCGUGCAGCUGUCACUGUUGGUGGAAACGAGUUGGCGCGCCGUGCGACGGUGCUGUGGGCACAAUUGGCGCCGGGGAAGAACGGCACACGACCAUAUUUUUUCAAUGCCACAUUGUUCCUAAGUUUGCGCAUUGCACUAGGGUUGCGGAAAAUACUUGCCGCUUAUGGAAGAGGGCCGGUGCCAUCCACAGCAUCUAAGAAGGGCCUUUCGCAGGACGGACGGGUGGUGGCUUUUGGCGCCGCAGGGGGUAAGCCAUCGGGGCAGAGGCGAAUUGUGAGCGCGGCCUGGCAAAAGGUAAAGAAAACCCGGGAGGAACGCAAGACUAUAGUUGUUCCGCCGGAUCGCAUCUAA